CAGAAACCAAAUUCUCGCACCUGGAGUCCCUGAGGAUCGCGCUUUUUGACCAGGAUCCGAUAAAUGAAAGUUGGAAACCCGAGAAUUAUGGUGGAGUUGACGGAAAUGACCGCCUAAGUCUAGCUGUGAACCGAAUCAUGAAGUUACCGAAUCUGAAGAUGCUAACACUGGUUGGCAUUUUCACCUUGUCGCCUACAAUAUUUAGUCUAGACGACAAGGGUGAAAAUUUCUCGGAGUCCCUCAAAUGCUUGCGCAUCAGGCUCUCUAAAGUAACCCCUACUGGGGAUUGGUAUUUCACUGGUGAACCCCCUUUGGGAAUGACAAGUUCCGAGCAAGAGGACCUCGACCUUGAUGUCUAUUUCCGUGAUGGUCCUGCACCGGCUACAUUCGAGCCUUUUCUUGCUGCCAUAGCUCGUGGAAUUCCCAAGAUGCCGUCCCUGGAUAUCUUUACUUGCACUUUUCAUGACGCAGCAUUCAUAUCGCGUAACGCCUUCCCAGGCAAUCGAGGGUGGACAUUUGAAUUUCAGGUCGAACGUGAGGGAGAUUCGUUCGAUUCCUGGUCUCCUCCCUCAGAGUUUAGGAUGUUUAUGGCAACGAACAUUCGUUGAGUUGUUUUAAAUUGUCAAGCUGCGAUCGCCAUCGUCUCUUGUUCAUCCAACAGUCUUGUAUGCUUCGUCUAGCGCGUACGCAGCAAGGGAUUAAUAUAUGGACCGUUCAUCUUGUGCUUCAUGAUACUGGACCGUCGCUGAGGGUUGAAAUGGUACCGUCAUGGAAGCGGGAGUAUGGCUCCCGAUUUCUGGUAGGAAUUGCUUUCCGUAGGUAGAUAUGGCCGCUGAUAAGUAUCUUGAUACUACAGGAAUAGAAAUAAUACUUAACCUUUUAGUGUG